AGAUAUAAUACUCUUUUCUUCUUCCCUUCUUAGCUCCAUUAAUGGAGUCUUAGCAGUAUUUUCACAUGGUAUCAAAGCACCGAUACUGGGUGUUUCUUCUUCGAAUCCGCAAUUGAAAUUGAGCAUUACUCAGCUGGUUGAUCAUAGUAGAGUUGAGAUCUCUUCUAGAUCACCUAACUGCAGAGCCUUGUAGUGAGAAAUGGCACCAAAAAUUGAUCAAAGCGAUCCCCUGUUUAUUGGUUCUUCAGAUGUCACUGGAGCUGUGCUUAUUCCUAUCAAAUUGACUGGAUCUGAAAACUAUGGCAUAUGGAGUAGGUCGAUGAAGAUUGCCUUGUUGGGAAAACGGAAGUAUGGAUUUGUUACAGGGACAUGUACAAAGGAAACAUACUGAGAAGAACUGCACGAGCAAUGGGAGACGUGCAAUGCUAUUGUGCUCUCAUGGCUUAUGAAUACUGUCAGUGAAGAACUUCUUAGUGGAAUAGUGUACGCAACCAGUGCAUAUGCUGUGUGGACUGACCUGCAGGAGAGGUUCGACAAGGUAAAUCGAAUGUGAGUAUAUCAAUUACAUUGAGAAACUACCACAUUAUCACAAGGCACUGAUUCUAUCUCUCAGUAUUUCACAAAAUUGAAAACCUUAUGGAAUGAAUAUGAUGCUGUUAUACCUUCACCUAGCUGUAAUUGCCCUAGAUCAAAGGAUUAUAUGGAUCAUUUAUCAGAAAUGAGGUUGAUCCAGUUUCUCAGUGGUUUAAAUAAAUCCUAUGACCAAGCUCGAAGGCAGAUUUUGCUGAAAGGGACUGCUCCUACCAUAAACCAAGCAUAUGCUAUGCUUAUAGAGGAUGAGAUUCAACACUCAACUUGUGUAGCUACUAUGGUUGGGAAGCCAGAUCAGAUUGCCAUGAAUGUGAAUAGGAACCAGGGAAAAGAAUUCCAUAGAGGAAAGAGGUGUGAAUUCUACAAUUUUACUGGUCACACUAAGGAAAAUUGCUAUAAACUGAUUGGGUAUCCAGUAGAUUGGAAACAAAAGAAACAGGCUGGUCCUUUUAGAAACAUACAUAAUCACAUCACAUCUGGUAGCGGUUCAGGGCAUAGAUAUGGCAGUCAUGGAGGAGGUAAUUUUGCAGCAAACAACAUUUCAAAUGGAUCAUGUGAUCACUCUUAUGUAGCAUCAACCAGCAAGACAGCUACAAAUCAUGAAGGCAAUGACACUUUCUUUGCAAAGGGGCAGCCUUUUACUGAAGAAGAAUAUAAGCAGAUCCUCACCCUACUGCAUAAGGAUGCCACAGAUUCUAAGCAAGUCAAUAUGACAGGAGAUACGGUGGAGGUAACUCACAUUGGUAAAGCAGAUGUUUUUGGAAACCAAGCAGUGGAGAAUAUCCUAUUAGUGCCAGAUUUCAAGUUCAAUCUAUUGUCUGUGUCCAAACUCACAAGGGAAUUAUCUUGUUUUGUGUCUUUCUAUCCUGUCUUCUGCAUUUUCUAGGAUCUCUUGAGUGGCAGGGUGAGAGGAAUUGGUAAGGAGAAUGGAGGAUUGUACAUAUUCAGAAGUAAAACGGGAUUUAAGCAAAUGGAAGGUGCAAGAUAUCACUCACAAAGGACGAUUGCAAAUGUAACAUAAUCUGAUGUCAAGCUUUGGCAUUCCAGACUUGGACAUCCUUCUUCUCAAGCUCUAGAGCAUUUGAACCUGGUAGAAUGCACUAAUAACAGUGAGAUACUUCAUAAUUGUCAUGUUUGUCCAUUAGCUAAGCAAGCUAGACUACCAUUUCCUAUUAGUACUUCUAGAGCAUCUACAUUGUUUGACAUUGUUCACAUGGAUCUUUGGGGACCAUAUAAGGUUCCUACUAUUGAUAAGAAGAAUUAAUUCUUGACAA